CUAUAAGCAAAAGCAAAUGUCAUUUGUUUCUUGAUAAACCUGUAGACUUCAGCAUGCAGCAGUAAGUUAGGUGUGAAUGCACCUCUUGCUUUUGGUGUGAACAUGUUUUGACACCUACCCACAAGGUUUCCAUGUGCAAGGUUUGGAGGUUGGCUAUAAAAGAUGGGGUGGGGGGGAUCGGAAACCCUAACCUGUUCAGCUUUUCCCUCUGUGCAGCCAUGGCACACACAAGCUGCAUCAUUUUCAUUUGUCUGUUGGUCCCCAUGACUGGUAAGAUAAGAUUCUUAUUUCAUAUUUGCAACUAAUGUYCUACACUUCUCAAUUUGUUUGCCAACGAUGUACUAAUUUGACCUUCUUGUUUCAUGGAAGGAGCUUUAGAAAGUGGUAUAGUUGGUGGUCAGGUGGCAAAACCUCACUCCAGACCCUACAUGGCAUCGCUCCAGUUUCAGGGGCAACAUUCAUGUGGUGGGCUACUUAUUCGGAAGGACUUUGUUCUAACCGCAGCCCACUGCAAAUGGGGUGGGAAACAGGAGAUGACAGUGGUACUCGGAGCACAUGACAUAAGCAAGAAUGAGAAAACUCAGCAAAGGUUCCAAGUGGCAAAAUAUUUUCAGCAUCCGAAUUUUACUGGACAAUAUGACUACGACAUUAUGUUACUAAAGGUAAACAGGUUCUUAAA